GUGAGUUGUGGGGACAAAUUAUUAAUAAUGAACCUAAUUUCUUUCACUUCUAAUUCCCACCACUCCACUUUUUUUUUUCUUCUCUUUUCCUGUCUCCUUUCUUUUUCUUUCUUGUUCUUGUAGAGUUACUUCUAUUAUUUAGGAUUCCUUACAAAAGUCUCUGAUCAUAAAACUUCUUCAAUGGAUCUCUGUUCUUCUAAAUAAUGUUAUGUCUUCUUCAUUAAUAAUUUCCAUACAAAAAAAAUCUAUUUUUAGAAUUUAUAUUUAUUCUGUUUAAUUUUUAAAAAAGUUUGUACCAAAAAUGGCACCAACAAGUAAACGAAGAAGAUCAGAAAAAACCCAAAAAAAUACAACAAAUAAUACAAUAAUUACAAGAAGGAUUAUUACAAGGAGUAUUCAUAAGAAGGAGCAAUUAUUGUUACUUAGCCAAACAACACCUAAGAAAAGUGGUAAAUCCAUGGAAGAUGAUUCCGCCAUUAAUAAGAGCUUGGAUGAUGUUUGUUCAACACCAAAAUCUGAGAAAUAUAAGAUUCCAGAGAUUCAAACAUGCCCACCAGCACCCAAGAAGCCAAAACAUGAUAAUUGUUUGAAUCAAAAAAGAAGGGCCAUCACCUUUUUUGCUCAUCCUGAUUUAGAUAAAUUCCUCAUGUUUGCCAUGACUGAUAGUAUCAAGGCCGAGGAAAAGAGAGAAACUGAAGAGAAUCGAUCUUAGAUUUCUCAAGAAAAGUAGUGGUAUGUAAACUGAGAGAGACCUGAUUUUCAGAAUCAUGGGUUUGUCUAGUGGUCGAUAAUUUUUCCUUUCGAUCUUGUCGGGCUAGGCGGAGGAAAGGGGGAGCUGAUUAGGAGAAAAGCAACGAGAAUCAAUCUUAAAUUUCUCAAGAUUAACAGAAUCAUGGGUUUGCCUACUGAUCAACAACUUUUCCUUACAAUCUUAUUUCUGACCAUUUACAGAAAAGAUUAAUUUCUUCGCCUCAGUUGUCUAUAAAGACUCUGUAGCCUACACUCAAAUCAAAAUUAUUAGUUCAUAGAACUACUUCUUAGGUUGAAUCAAUAGAAGUAGAUUAAUAACUAUUUUUUUUUUUUUUUUUUUAAUUGGGGGUUUAAGUCCCUAAUAAGUGUGAAUGAGGUUUUAGCAACAAAAACCCUUUUAGGUGAAAGGGGUUUUUUUUAUAAUUAUUUUGGGAAUUUGAACAUUUUAUAGAUUAUGUUAAAUAUUAACUCUCAAAGAGGUCACAAUAUGUUACUAACCAAACCAUUUAAAUCAAGCAAGGGCUUGUUUGGUUAGAUUAUUUUGGUUUUAGUUGUAGUUUUUUUUUUAAUAGAAGUGUUGAGUUUGUAGAAGAGAACAAGAAUCUUACUUUGUAAAAUUAUGGUGUGAAAUUGUAAAUUGUUGUUUUCUUAAUUACUUUAUAUUAUGUGGUCAAAUCAAAGAAAGCAAAAUGCUUUUUUGAA